AUGGCGGCGUCCACGAGUGUUGGAGCGUCAGGCUGGGGCGGCAGCCGGCGGCGACCGGCCCGUAGUAAGCGCGGAAGCGGGCGCGGGCUGUCCCGCGGGCCUCGGGGCGGCGGGGCGGGGGUCCUGAAGCGGCUAAAGCUGGCCGUGGAGGAGUUUGUGCAGGCGACCUCCGAGGGAGAGAGCCCGGGUGGCCGCGAGGGACUCCGCGCGGAGGGGCGCCUGCGUCCCGGCGGGAGGAAAAGCCGCAGGGAGCUGAGGAAGGAGAAGCGACACCUGAGGAAGGCGCGCCGGCUGCAGAGGACCACGGGCUCCGCGCGGGGUCCGGGCCCGGGCGGCGGUGACGGAGCCAGGGGAGCGAGCGAUCCCCGGGCGGACGGGGUUCAGGAGGAGGGCGUCCAGCCGUCCUCACGUCGGGCCCCGCGGCCGCCCGAGCGGCUGCCACCCGCCCAGGCCGAGGGGCUGCCACCUCCCCGGGCCGAGGCCGCCCCGGCCCACGCCCAGGCCAGGGGACCGCGCGGGAGGACCAGGCCCUCGGCAGCCGCGGCCGCCGCCGCUCGGAAACGGGCACUUCUGGCAGCCAACGAGGAGGAGGACCGAGAGAUCCGGAAGCUGGAGCGGUGCCUCGGCUUGAACAAGCGCAAAAGGAAGGACGACGCCAGCUCCGUGCCGCCUAGCUUUGCCCGCGAUGGACUCGACUACAUUCUGGGAGUCCUGGGGUCAGGGGACAGCAGUGGCUUGUAUGAAAGCAGCAGUGAGCAGGAGGAAGAUGCCACCCAGACACUCCCCGAAAGCGAUUUGGAGAGCGACACCGAGGACGGAUGGGGAGAGGAGGAGGGCGGGGAAGAGAAGGACGAGCCGCAGGUAGACGCGGGAGCGCGGAGCGAGGAAGAGGAGGAGGAGGAGGAGGAGGUCCAGGAGGAAAAGCGAGAAACCCAAGAAGCAGAGGAGAGAGCGAGGGAGAAGAGGGAGGGAAAGAGAGUCCGUUUUGCAGAGGAUGCAGAAAGAAGUAAAAAUUCCUCGGAGGUUGUUGGCGCAGCGCCUCAGCAGAGUCUUUGUGAAAAUGGUGACAGGUACAUCCCACCCCAUGUAAGGCGGGCUGAGGAGACAGUGGAUGCCCAGAAAAGGGAAGAGCGGGAACGGCUGAAGAAGCACGUGCAGGGCCUAAUUAACAGGUUGAGUGAGCCCAACAUGGCCUCCAUAAGCGGACAGCUGGAGGAGCUGUACAUGGCGCACAGUAGGAAGGACAUGAACGACACUCUGACGGGUGUCCUCAUGAGCGCCUGCGCCCCGGCCACGCCCGUGCCCAGUCGCCUGGUGAUGGAGCACAUGCUCUUGGUCAGCAUUCUUCACCGCACCGUGGGAAUCGAGGUCGGAGCUCACUUUCUGGAGGCCGUGGUGAGGAGGUUUGAUGACGUCUAUCAAAAGGGAAGUGAAGGGAAGGAGAAUGAUAACCUGCUCGCCAUCAUUGCCCAUUUGUAUAACUUCCAUGUCGUACGGUCUCUUCUCGUCUUCGACGUGUUGAAAAAACUUACUGGGACUUUCACAGAAAAAGAUAUUGAACUGAUCCUGCUGAUGCUGAAAAAUGUCGGCUUUUCAUUGAGGAAAGAUGAUGCUCUGUCCCUUAAGGAACUCAUCUCGGAGACGCAGGCCAAAGCCAGUGGGGCACACGGCAAAUUCCAGGACCAGACCCGGGUCCGGUUUAUGCUAGAGAUCAUGCUGGCACUGAAGAAUAAUGACAUGCGUAAGAUUCCAGGCUAUGACCCCGAGCCUGUGGAGAAACUGAGGAAGUUACAAAGAGCUUUGGUGCGUGGCGCUGGCUCCGGCCCGGAAACUCAGCUGCGUGUCUCCUGGGACAGCAUCCUGAACGCCAAGCACACUGGGCGCUGGUGGAUCGUGGGGUCCGCCUGGAGCGGGGCCCCCAUGAUUGACGGCACUCAGCAGAAGGUCCCACAGAAGCAGCUGGCAGGCACAGUCAGCGCUAAGGUGCUGGAACUCGCGCGGAAGCAGCGGAUGAACACUGACGUCAGGAGGAACAUAUUUUGUACAAUAAUGACAAGUGAAGACUUCCUGGACGCAUUUGAAAAGCUUCUAAAGCUUGGACUUAAGGAUCAGCAGGAGAGAGAAAUCGUUCACGUCCUCAUGGAUUGCUGCCUUCAAGAGAAAACGUACAACCCUUUCUAUGCAUUCCUAGCCUCCAAGUUUUGUGCUUAUGAAAGGAGGUUCCAGAUGACUUUCCAGUUCAGCAUAUGGGACAAAUUUCGGGACUUAGAAAAUUUGCCAGCUACUAAUUUUUCUAAUUUGGUUCAUCUGGUGGGCCACUUGCUGAAGACAAAAUCACUUCCACUUUCCAUCUUAAAGGUAGUUGAAUUCAGUGAAUUGGACAAGCCUAGAGUCCACUUUUUACGAAAAGUGUUAUAUAUGCUGUUAAUGGAAACAGAAGUUGAAGACCUUGGUUUAAUUUUUGCAAGGGUGUCGGACAAUCCGAAGCUGGGCGUGCUGCGAGAAGGCUUGACGCUCUUUAUCAGACACUUCUUGUUGAAGAGCACGCAGGCCCCCGGGAGUGCCGAGGAAGCCAGCGUGCUGAGAGCGAGAGCCGACCUCACCACCAAGGCCCUGCAAGGACGGACUUCCCUGAGGAUGUAGCCGGGUGGGGUGGGAGGCCGCUGGUCAGCCACGUGCCCUUUCAGACACACAGGCCUGUACUCUCCUGACUGUAAGCGCUUGGUGCAGCUCUUUCGUGGUCUGUUGUUUUUAAAAUACUAUAUUUGGAAAUAAUUUUCUGAUCCGAGGUAAAUACUCUAUGUUUUAAACCA